UGUCGAGUGACCACGCCGGCUAACACUGUUUGCGUGCUGUUGAUGUUUUAAACAUUUAGUUCAGUUUUUUUGGCUGCUUCAUUUGGUUCAGAUUGACUUAACCAUGGAUCAGUCUGUCCUUUUUGCACUGCUUGGCUUGCUCCUCUUUCUGGGUCUUCCUGAGUCGCUGACAGCUAAAGAGGAAAAGGCGAAGAAGAAAGGACCUAAAGUGACUGCUAAAGUUUACUUCGACAUUGAAAUUGGGGGCGAAAAAGCGGGAAGAAUUGUCAUUGGUUUAUUUGGUAAAACUGUUCCCAAAACUGUGACCAAUUUCAAGAGUUUAGCUGAAGGAAAAGAGGUUAAUGGAGAAACUCUUACUUACAAAGGCAGUAAAUUUCACCGGGUCAUCAAGGACUUUAUGAUCCAGGGUGGUGAUUUCACCAGAGGGGAUGGAACUGGGGGAAAAAGUAUAUAUGGAGAGAAAUUCCCUGAUGAGAACUUCAAGCUGAAGCACUAUGGAUCUGGUUGGUUAUCUAUGGCAAACGCUGGCAAAGACACAAACGGAUCUCAGUUCUUUAUCACAACGAAAAAAACAGAGUGGCUGGAUGGCAGACAUGUUGUGUUUGGAGUGGUCAUUGAAGGAAUGGAUGUUGUACGAAAAAUUGAGAAAUCAAAAACCGAUGGACGUGACAGACCUGAGAAAGACGUGGUUAUAGCUGAUUCUGGAUCUAUUGAAGUUGAGGAACCUUUUGCUGUAGCUAAAGAACCUGCUAAAGAAUGAAUAAAAUAUCCACAUUUCUACUUUGGAGAUACA